AUGGCGUACUUUACCGGUAUCCUCGUGGCAGUAGCUUUUUACCUCUCCCUCCUCACCACUGUUACCUCCUCUCCAGCUUUUGGUUCAAAAGUUGGCAAGACGUUCUCUCUUCCUGUAGCCCACAAUGCCGACGUCCCUCGACAUGGCCCUACCGAAUAUCUUAAGGUCCUAAAGAAAUACAAGCUCGAAAUUCCACAGGGAUUGCAGGAUGUGGUUGACUCUCAUAAGACCAAGGUUCAGUCUAACAAGGUCGUCGCCGGUAACAUUGGAGACACCGCACCGGCAGCUUCGCAUGCUGGCGAUCUUCUUUGGCUUACCCCUGUCGGGAUUGGUUCGCCACCUCAGCAGUUAUAUCUAGAUCUCGACACUGGUUCAUCUGACACCUGGAUCUUUUCUACUGACACGGACAAAGAAGAGGUAGCCGGUCAGACUCUCUGGGAUCCCCAAAAAUCAACUACAUCCCACCUGAUCAAGAACUGCUCAUGGUCUAUCAUCUAUGGUGACUUUUCUACAUCCAGUGGUAUUUGUUACAAGGACACGGUUACGUUCGGCAACCUCUCGGUCCCCGACAUGACAAUUGAGUCGGCAACAUCAGUCUCUUCCAUGUUCACAGACUCUGCAUACAUGUCUGGUCUUGUUGGGUUGGCCUGGCCGUCUAUUGUGCAGACAAUCCCCAAGCAGAAGACUCUCCUUGACUACUUGCCCCAGGUAUUAUCCGAACCGGUGUUUACGGCUGAUUUACGCCACAACAGCAGCGAGGGAUCUUUCAACUUCGGCUACAUCAAUGAAAGCCUACAUGACUCUGAAAUCAAGUAUGUGGGUGUAAAUAUAUCGGAAGGGUACUGGUCCGUCCAACAGACGGGGUUCGGCAUUGGAGGGUCAGAUAUCAAGUACGAGUUCAACGAGCCGGAAGAUGUCAUUAUCGACACCGGUUCUACAUUAUUCUUUGCCCCUAACGAGGCAGUCCAUAUGUACUUCAACAGCGUCCCCGGUGCCAACUAUUCGUACAGAGAAUAUGGAUGGCUGAUACCAUGCAACUCAACACCACCCGACUUCGUUUUCGAGCUCAGUGACGAUCAAGGAAAUAAUAUCACUGGUACAGUUCCGGGUGCAUAUUUCAUAUAUGCUAAGGCUUCUGGUGGACAAUGUUAUGCCGGCCUUCAGUCCCUUGGUUCGUUUACCGAGAUGCCGGCUAUUUUCGGCGAUGUGUUCCUCAAGAGCGGCUUUGCUGUCUUUGAUAUCGCGAACAAACGAUUUGGCAUGGCCCCCAAGCCUCUGAACUUGAGCAAUGAAAAACGGAAGGUUGAUACCCGUGGCAUGGUGGGCAAUAGUCGUGGAGGUAGCUGA